AUGGGCAUCGGUGGCUACUUCAAGUCCGAGAAGCCUGAAGCCUCUGGCGGUGGCAGUCCGCCCCAGCCCAGUCGCUCAAACACGGCCUCUAUGAUGGAGAAAGGUCCAUCCGUCAGGACGAGCACCAACGACAUGGAGCUUCAACCGCCCACACCUCGCUACAACUCCAGGCCCCAGUCCGUUUCCGGCCGUUCGACGCAUUCCAAUGGCAGCUCCAUGUUCCUAGACGACAUCAAGCACGAGGUCAUGGUCAACUACCUCUAUCAGCAACAGUGCUCUCAUCUCUGGGUCAGUGACGGAUCUGGCGAGAUUGAAGGUGUGCUUCUUCGUAAGGCCAGAGGCCAGUACAUGGCAUGCCCGCCACAGCUUGGCAACUCCCCGUUCGCUGAGGCCUGCGCCGCCCUCAAUGUCCAGUGCUCCAUGACGGUCAACUCUCGUGUUAUCAAGACGUUUCUCCAAUGGUCUCCGGACGCCGUUGACGUCCCUUUGAUGAACGGUCUCAGGGUACAGAUCCUGCCCACCAUCGAGGAUCUCCCCAGAGCGAGAAAGCACCAGUUCGCGGCUUUCAUUGCUGCCGAAGGGCUUCUGGUGGUCUGGGACGACGAUGCGCUGCAUCUCGUCCAGAGAGCCAAGGCUAUCGAGUCGGAGCUCAUGGAACUAGUCUGGAAAGCCGGCGCCGAUGAAGACGAGGGCGACGAGAAGAAGGGCCCCAACGUUGCCGAUUACGAGAUCGACGAGGAGAGCGGCGAGAUCAAGCCCGAGAAACGGCCCGUCCACCUUCUCAACACCUACUUGGUGUCCAUUACCCUCGUACUCGUCGUCGUCUCGCUCGGCGCCGCCUGGAGACAACUCGCCAUUGAGGUGUCUGUUGACGGAGAGUACCUGCGUCUGGCUCUCGUUGCCCUCUUCCCGCUGCAGAUCUUCUUCACACUGUUCUUCGCCCAGGUCAUUGUUGGUUGUUUGGCCCAGAUCUUCGGGCCCAUUCGCCAACUGACCAUCAACUCCAAGUUCUACUCGGCCCGUCCUCCCCCCAGACUGCAGAGCGCGGUCCUCCCCCACGUCACCGUCCAGUGCCCCGUAUACAAAGAGGGUCUCGCCGGUGUCAUCGUCCCUACGGUCAAGUCCAUCAAGCAGGCCAUGUCCACCUACGAACUCCAAGGUGGCUCCGCCAACAUGUUCAUGAACGACGACGGUCUCCAGUUGAUCUCUGAGGAGGAGCGCCGCGCGCGCAUCGAGUUCUACGCCGACAACAGCAUCGGCUGGGUCGCCCGUCCCAAACACGGCGAGAACGGCUUCACCCGCAAGGGCAAGUUCAAGAAGGCGUCCAACAUGAACUUUGGCUUGAUGAUCUCCCUCAAGGUCGAAGAGAAGCUCCAGGCCAUAUCUCGCCCCGUCGAAUGGACCCAGCACGACGAAGCCCAGGCCUAUGAGCAUGCCCUCAAGGAGGUUCUCGAGGAAGACGGCCGUGCCUGGGCUGACGGUAACAUUCGUGUCGGUGACUACAUUCUCAUCAUCGAUUCCGACACUCAAGUCCCCGCCGACUGCUUCCUGGACGCUGUUUCUGAAAUGGAGCAGUCUCCCGAUGUUGGUAUUAUGCAGUUCUCCUCCGGCGUCAUGCAGGUCGUCCAUACCUAUUUCGAGAACGGCAUUACCUUCUUCACCAACCUCAUCUACAGCGCCAUCCGCUACACCGUCUCCAAUGGUGAUGUCGCUCCCUUUGUCGGCCACAACGCCAUCCUCCGCUGGAGCGCCAUUCAGCAGGUCGGCUAUUUUGACGAGGACGGCUACGAGAAGUUCUGGUCCGAGUCGCACGUCUCCGAGGACUUCGAUAUGUCGCUUCGUCUCCAGUGCAAUGGCUACAUCAUCCGCUUAGCUGCCUGGGCCGGCGAGGGUUUCAAGGAGGGCGUGUCUCUUACCGUGUACGACGAGCUUGCGCGUUGGGAAAAGUACGCAUAUGGCUGCAACGAGCUUCUCUUCCACCCCAUCCGCACCUGGCUCUGGAGAGGUCCCUUCACUCCGCUGUUUCGCAAGUUUCUUUUCAGCAAUAUCCGCUUCACCUCCAAGAUCACUGUCGUGUCGUACAUUGGCACCUACUAUGCCAUUGGCGCCGCCUGGAUCAUGACGUCGGUCAACUACUUCCUCAUGGGCUGGUACAACGGGUACCUCGACAAGUACUACGUCGACUCGUGGCAGGUCUGGUUCUCCAUCAUCAUCGUCUUCAACGGCCUCGGCAACGUCGCUCUGGCCAUCAUGCGCUACCGCGUUGGUGAGAAGAGCCUGCUCUGGGCCUUUUUCGAGAACAUCAAGUGGACUUUCCUCCUCGCCAUCUUCCUUGGUGGUCUGAGUCUGCACGUAAGCCAGGCUCUCCUGGCUCAUAUGUUCGAGAUCGACAUGUCGUGGGGUUCGACAUCCAAGGAAGCCGAGUUUUCCAACUUCUUCAUUGAGGUGCCCAAGGUUUUGAAAAAGUUCAAAUUCUCCAUGAUCUUCUCCUGCGUCUUCAUCGCCGGUAUGAUCAUUCUGGCCGUUGCGCCAUUCAUCCCCCACGAUUGGCGGAUUACCGACUUCGUCGCCAUCCUGCCUAUGGCUACCGUCUCGGCCAGCCACUUGCUUCUGCCCAUCGCACUCAACCCGGCGCUCAUGACCUUCUCGUGGUAA